AUGAUAGCCGAUGUAGAAAAAUGGAUUGAAAUUGCUAAAAGGUGCAAAUAUCUCCCAGAAGAUGAUUUACGAGAACUGUGUAAUAUCGUUUGUGAUCUCCUUCUGGAAGAACCCAAUGUGCAACCAGUACAGACUCCUGUAACAGUAUGUGGAGAUAUACAUGGGCAGUUUUAUGACUUAGAAGAACUUUUCAAAAUAGGUGGUCAAAUACCUGAAACGCAGUAUAUAUUUAUGGGAGACUAUGUAGAUAGAGGAUACUAUAGUCUUGAGACACUUACAUUAUUAAUGGCAUUUAAAGCUAGAUAUCCAGAUAGGAUUAUUCUACUCAGAGGAAACCAUGAAACCUGUCAGAUAACAAAAGUAUAUGGGUUUUAUGAUGAGUGCUUAAAUAAAUAUGGAAAUGCCAAUGCAUGGAAGGAUUGUUGCAGGGUGUUUGAUCUUCUCACUGUAGCAGCUUUAAUUGAUGAAUCAGUACUUUGUGUUCACGGAGGUUUAUCACCAGAAAUAUCAAUGAUAGAUCAAAUACGCUGCAUUGAUAGAAAUCAACAGAUACCCCACAAAGGGGCAUUUUGCGAUUUGCUCUGGUCAGAUCCCACAGAGGAUGACUUAGAAUGGUCACUAAGUCCUCGUGGUGCCGGAUGGCUAUUUGGAAGUAUUGUGACCGAUCUCUUUAUGUCCUACAACAAUCUAACAUUAAUAUGCAGAGCACAUCAACUUGUAAAUGAAGGUUAUAAGUACAUGUUUGAUAAGAAAUUAGUAACCGUCUGGUCUGCUCCAAAUUACUGCUAUAGAUGUGGCAAUGUAGCAUCCAUUAUGGAAUUCAAGACAGUAGAUGAUAGAAAUGCAAAAAUCUUCCAUGCAGUACCCAACAGUGAAAGAGAAGUCCCUCCACAACAUACAACUCCUUAUUUUUUGUAA